AUUUUUUAUUGUAAGGUUGAUCAGACCACAAUGCAAUCAUUGAUUAACUAAGAAAUUACACAUGCAUUUGUUUCUCUAAAACUUAACUAAAAUUAUUAACUGGUUCACACUUGAAUGAUUUAUUCAAAUAAUGAAUUUACAAUUACAAACGAUGGAGUGCUGCACAAAGUUGAAUUAAGUUUGUUUACGAUUGAAGAAAAUUAAAGCUUCAGCACUCCAAGAAAUUGCGCCAGACUGCAAUAUAUUAAAUAAAGUUUCAAUUUAUUGCUCCUUACUCGAAUUAAACACCAAUUUCUCAGUCAUUAAUUAAAGCAGUUAACACAAUUGGCUUGAAUCGUGUGCCCACUGCACCUGUUAUAUGUGCAUGCAUGCAUGCAUAUGUUUUACACUUCAACACAUGCACAAAUUCAAAUCUCACUUCAAUCUUCAAUUUUUAUAGAAAAUAAACGAAAAAAAAAAUGAGCGAUUUCUGCAACGAUGAAGUCGACAAAUAUACGAACGACGGCACGACUGAUUACCGCAACAAUCCUGCUAUCAAACAGGAAACAGGGACAUGGAAAGCUUGUCCUUACAUUCUUGGAAAUGAAUGUUGCGAAAGACUCGCAUAUUACGGGAUCAACACGAAUCUAGUUAACUAUCUAAAAAUCCAGAUGAACGAGAACAACGUCGCGGCAGUUAACAACGUCACAAACUGGUCGGGAACUUGCUACGUCACACCAUUACUCGGAGCUUUUCUUGCCGACGCGUACUUAGGAAGAUACUGGACCAUCGCCACUUUCUCCACCAUCUACGUAUUCGGAAUGACAGUUUUGACCUUAUCAGCCUCCGUAAACGGCCUAAAACCUAUCUGCGACGACAAAAACGUGUGCAGUCCAAACGGGCUUCAAAAGGCCGUUUUCUACACGGGCAUGUACUUGAUCGCGCUAGGCACCGGCGGAAUCAAGCCAUGUGUUUCCUCUUUCGGUGCGGAUCAAUUCGACGAUUCGGACGAGUCGGAGAAGAAGAGCAAGAGUUCUUUCUUCAACUGGUUUUAUUUAUCUAUAAAUAUAGGGGCGCUUGUUGCGGCGACCGUGCUUGUGUGGAUACAAACGAACGUCGGAUGGGGGUGGGGGUUCGGCAUACCGGCGGUGGCCAUGGCUUUGGCUGUCGUCAGCUUCUUUUCCGGCACGCGCCUUUAUAGGAAACAGAGGCCCGGCGGGAGCCCGUUGACUCGGAUUUGCCAGGUCAUCGUUGCUUCUUUUAGAAAAGUCGGUGUGGAUGUGCCUAAGGAUAAAUUUGAUCUUUAUGAAACUGAGGAAGAACAAGAAUCUGCAAUUAAGGGGAGUAGGAAACUUGAACACACUGAAAAAUUGAGUUUCUUCGACAAGGCAGCAGUAGAGACACAAUCAGACCGGAAAAACGGGUCGAAAAUUAAUCCAUGGAGAGUCUGCACUGUAACUCAGGUCGAAGAACUCAAGGCCAUAAUAAACCUUCUUCCGAUAUGGGCAACCGGAAUCAUUUUCAGCGCGGUGUACAGCCAAAUGGGCACACUCUUCGUCCUACAAGGAAACACAAUGAACCUCCACGUCAUCAAAUCAUUCGAGAUCCCAUCCGCCACUCUCUCUCUCUUCGACACGGUCAGCGUCAUCUUCUGGGUCCCGGUCUACGACAAGAUCAUCGUACCCUUCGCCCGAAAGUACACCGGCAACAAAAAUGGGUUCACCCAGCUCCAGAGAAUGGCGAUCGGCCUCGUCAUCUCGAUUCUCGCCAUGGCUAUAGCGGGAACACUCGAAAUGAUUAGAUUGAAUAUGGUGAGAGAAAAUGACUACUAUGAAUUUAAGCAUGUGCCGUUAUCUAUAUUCUGGCAGGUGCCGCAGUAUUUCGUGAUUGGGUGCGCGGAGGUUUUCACGUUCAUCGGGCAGCUCGAGUUUUUCUAUGAGCAGGCACCCGACGCGAUGAGGAGCUUGUGCUCGGCGUUGUCGCUAACAACAGCGGCGUUUGGGAAUUAUUUGAGUACUUUGCUUGUGAGUAUUGUGGUGCACGUUAGCACGAGAAAUGGUGGGCCUGGAUGGAUUCCUGAUAAUUUGAAUUAUGGUAGGCUUGAUUAUUUUUUCUGGCUUUUGGCGGUACUUAGUGUAUUCAAUUUAGGGGUUUAUUUGUUAGUGGCAAAAUGGUAUACUUAUAAGAAGGCAUUAGGCACAAGUGAGUGAUACAUAUACGUACACCAUGAGUAUUUCAAUUUUGAACUGCACUUUGUUUAAUUUUAUUAACGUUCUUUUGAUUAGUAAUAAUUGAUUUUUUCAAUUCUUGUAUGAUCAAGUUCAAAUGCCAUUUACCAAAUUACAUGUUUAAAUAAGGCUAAACAAAUGUGAUUAUAUGGAAUA